AUGUAUACUGUCUUGUUCGAAUAUUGCUCUAGAUCUAGCUUGAGCGAUCAUAUUCUUAAAUUUGGACAAAACGGGUUGCCAGAACAUGAAGUUCGUCGGUAUACGAGAGAUAUCGUACAUGGACUUUAUUAUAUGCAUUGUAAUGCUCGGUAUAUUCACGGCGACAUAAAAUCAAGAAACAUUUUAUUGUCAUCUAAUACGGCCAAGUUAGCUAGUUUUGGAUUGGCUAGGAAGCUCACUGCUGAAGUAUUAUGUGAGGAGGAAAUUUGGGGUUCAGGACAGUAUACAUCUCCAGAACUGGCUAGAGAUGGUUAUUUGAGUUGGCUGGCAGAUAUUACAGGAAAAUCAAGCUUUACAAAUGCAUAUAAGCAUAAUUGUAACAACGAAGAGAAACCAGAAAUGCCAAACAACAUAUCAAGGGAAGGAAAAGAUUUUAUUAAGUGUUUGAUAAGAAGUCCCUAUAAAAGAAGACCAACUUGGUUGUUGAUCAAACAUCCUUUUGUUUGCCUUUGA